AUGGGACGAAGCAGUCAAUCGACCCUCGAGCUGAUGAACAUGGGAGAAGAGCGCAAAACAGGGCGGCAGGUAGAAGAACAAAAGCCUCCUGUACCUCCAGCGGCCCAAAAUCUCCCAACAGGGCCACGUUUGGUGAUUCUAGUUGUGUGUAUUUGUACGGCUGUGUUCCUACAGGCCUUGGACACAACCAUCAUCUCCACUGCUAUCCCCAAGAUUGUCCGUCAAUUCCACUCCCUUCCCGACGUCGGCUGGUACGGCUCCGGCUACUUCCUCACAACCUGCGCCUGUCAACUAAUUUGGGGCCGUAUCUACACUUUCUACAAUCUCAAAUACGGAUACUUGAUAGCCAUCACCAUCUUCGAGAUCGGAUCUCUGAUUUGCGGUGUCGCGACCUCGUCCAUCGUUCUCAUAGUAGGCCGCGCAGUUGCUGGUCUAGGCUCUGCAGGUAUCUACGCAGGAAGUUUUAUCAUAAUUGCCUUCACGACACCACCAGCGAGCCGGCCGAAAUACAGUGCGCUGCUAGGAAGCAUGUACGGCAUAUCUAGCGUCGUAGGACCACUAGUUGGCGGCGCGUUUAGCGAUAGAGUUAGUUGGAGAUGGUGUUUCUUCAUCAAUCUUCCACUCGGUGCGGUCGCUUUAGUUGGCAUACUUUUCUUCCUACGCCAACCCGCUCAAAAUGCCCAACUCCGCAAUUUGCCGCGUAAAGAGAAAAUCAAGCGCCUUGACUGGCAUGGCACGCUAGUCUUCAUCGGGACGUUAACCUCCUUGUUCAUUGCCCUCGAGUGGGGAGGUGAAAAAUAUCCUUGGACUGACCAACGCAUUGUCGUCCUUCUCUUCUUCUUCGCCAUCGGCAUCAUAGUCUGGGUCGGGAUCCAAUACUGGAAAGGCGAGUCCGGCACCAUUCCCGCGCGAAUCAUCAAGCAGCGGAAUAUCUGGACGGCAGCAUUCAGCUGCUACUGCAUGGGCGGCAGUUUUUUCAUCCUGCUUUACUUCACCAGUAUCUACUUUCAAGCCAUCAAAGACUCAAGUCCCCUCAAGAGCGGAAUUCAAACGCUACCGACGUUGCUGGGCUUGACGAUUGGCAUGACGAUCGCGGGACAUACGCAUAAGUUCGUCAAGUAUCAUUCGGCGUAUAUGAUUGGUUCUGCUAUUCUAGCGACAAUAGGCUGCGGGCUUAUUAGUAUGUGGAAUCCUGAGACGAAUUCACCCAGGUGGAUUGGUUACCAAGCCUUGUUUGGCAUCGGGCAAGCUUGGAUGGAGACAAAGGAUAUACCUAUCGGCACGGCGCUUAUGAGCGGCAUCAAGUUGUUUGGCGGUGCUACUUUCAUCUCAGUGGGGUCUGCUGUCUUCAACAACAAGCUUAAAGCCUACUUAGCGCAGAUCCCGAACCUAAAUCCACAUACUGUGCUCCAAGCGGGCGCUAGUGGGCUUACUGGCGCAUUACAUGACCCCGCUCAACUUGGAGCGGUCAAAGAUGCGUACAGCAAGGCACUGACGACGACGUUCCACAUCUCCGUGGUGCUCAGUUGCCUUGCUGUGCUUGGCGCGCUGGGUGUAGAUUCUCCAGGUAGACUUCCAUGUGAAUCGCAGCCGAUACCUCUUUCGAAAGGGUGCAUUUAA